UCUCGGUAUGGCAAGAUCAAGUUUCCGAUCAUAUCAUAGUGGAGAGAGUAUAUAAUGCUUGAAGAAUGAGCCAUCAGUACUCAAGAUUGUCUGUCUAAGGCCUGAGAUUUGUUCCAACAAAGUCACCAUAAGUGUUAGUUUGGUAUACAGCUAGCGGCAUAUCUCUCGUAUAUUAGUCGAUUCGAAGAUGGCGGAGCAUCAUCACUUUGGCCUUCAUCACCAUGAAAAAGAGCACCACCAUGAGGCAGAACAUCACCACAGACGACAUGAUUCACCGAGCGACCUGUCAGAGAGUGAUCCAGGUCAACAUAACAAGCAUUCGCCAACUGCUGAAACUUUUCCACAUACAACUGCUGAUUUCGAUCAUGCAAAGUCUGAGGAGAAAAAACACAAGAAAGAACAGCAUCACGCAGAGCUUGGUGCAUUGGCAGCGGGUGCAUUAGCUAUGCACGAACAUCACAAAGCAAAAUCAGAAGGAGAAGACUCUGGCAGACACAAGCUGGAAGGGAAAAUUGCAGGUGGCCUGGGGGUAGGGGCCGUGGGCUAUGCGCUGCACGAACAUCAUGAGAAGAAAAAGGAAAAGAAGGAAAUGGAAGAACUCGAGAAGCAUGGACACGAGAAGCAUGGAUGGUUUAGCUGACUUUCUAUCCAUGUCAUAGGUCCCACGUAUCUACCAUGCAUUUACAAUGUUCUGAAGCUAUUGUUGUGAGAGAUUCAAUCUUGUUAUGAGAGAUUCAAGAGUGAUUGCAAUGAGUCUAUAUAUUUCAAGUUCCGCCCUGCUUCAAGUGUCCAUGUUACAUCCAAACGUAGAUUGGAUUGGGUUCUUUUGUAUAGACAUAGUCAGGAUUGGGAAGAAUCCUUCCAGUUUGAGCACCCUUUUCGAGUGCAGUUUUUGCCAAUAUGUUGUGAUAGUUCAUCAUCCAAAUGUCUAACAAAAAAAUAAAAAACACGGCGAUUGUAAUACCUCUUCCAUCUAUGAACGAGC